AUGACAUCUCCAACCAAUAGCAGUGAACAUGGAGAAGGAGAGAACAUCACUACCCGGUCAUGGAGCGUGAAUGAUGUGUUCUCCAAUUGGGAAGAUCGGUAUAAACCAGAAAGUCAAAUAUCACAGGCCGAUUUCUUUCGCCCCACAGAAUUGGCAUCUCAAUCUGCAAGAACUACACGAGCGAUUCUAAGCAUAGAGGAUAUUGGUCAACCGAUGCAGCCAUCUGUUCCUCGUAUCACUCUCACGGAACCCGAGGACCACGUUACUACACCUGGCUCAUCUCAGCCAACUCUAGUGACUGCUCACGCUGAUCAGAAGACGCACUUCCAGCCAAAACAGCGUACUGGACUUACACAUGAAAGAAGCGCUCUUGAACGAAGACAUAGCAGUGUCAUGCCAGAAUCAUGGGAUGAAUCACACAAUGCCUGGGGAACAUCUACCCGUAAAUUGCCUACAGUCUCAUCGCAACCACAAGAGUGGACAGCAACCACGACAUCCCCAAAGAGAGGAUGGACAAUGAAGACAAGAAAUAGCACCAGUCACAAGCUUCUGCCGUCUGUUGAUAUUGUCAUGGUCUACAUGUACGAUUCUGCCCUAUGUGACGAAGACCUGGAUAAAGAUGCCGACUUGAACCCUUUCCGUUGCCGCGUUACAACUGGUAUAGACAUCAUGGAUACGAGCCCACCUAAGAAGAUCCGACGCGCGCGAACAGAAAUUACCAAACAGCAGAACGAGACUUCUGCCACUUUUCAUUUAUCUAGGGGGCGUCAGGUACACAGAGGUGAGCUCUCGAGAUACACUGAAGACUCCAAGGAUAUCUUCGUCAACUGGCUACACGACGAGAAUAUGCUAGAGCGACAGAUGCAUGGAUCGAGGAUAUCAACGAUCGGUUUCGACAUUUCUCCUAAGAGCUCAGCUCCGGAUGACCUUGAGAGCGCCGCUGAACAACUCAAUGAGCAUCUUCAUGUCUUACGGCACGAACACCAGCCGCCAAUACUGCUUCUCGGCCAUGGUUAUGGCUCACUCAUCAUUAUAUCUUCCUUGAGCUUCGCCUCAACUCCGACAUCAAGGUUCAAGAGUAUCUUAAAGAAUGCCGCUGGCUUGUUCAUCUUCUCCUAUCCAGAUCUUGACCAAACACCGAACAAGGACAUGACUGCAGAUCGAAAGUACAAGGACGUCAAGACCGAAAAGAUAGAGAGGCUGCACAGUUCUGCUCUCAAAAUAUCAGGUCAGACAGUCGACAGCAAGCUUUUCUCUGUCUUGAAAAAGGAGCAUGAGGCUGUGCAAGAUACUGGCCCUGGAUCGAACGCACAUUCAAGAAGCCAAGUCAUCCCAAUAGCCCUCCCCGUCUUUCAUUCGGUUGUCUCAUUCCAGCAACGUUCUUCCGAUGCUCGAUUCAACAAGAUGCUUGGUGCGCCACCUCAAUUCGUGGUUAUGAGUAAAGAAGACAAGAACCUAGCGCUUUUUACCAGUUCUACGGACACGGACUUUCAACGUCUCAUUGUGUCACUUCAAAAAGGCUUUACAUACUCGGCAACUACUUGUCGCUGCAGCGAUGGCAAGUAUCCACGACAUUCAAUCGACGAUAAAGAGCUCUACAGACCUCAACCUAGCCGAUCGAUGGGGUCAGACCACCCUACACCUCGCAGUUCGCCUAGAUAA